CCGACGCGAAGAAGACCUUGAGUCGUUCGUUCGCCACCAGGAAGGAGAUUAUUUAGCCAUUUAUGAAUGAAGAACUCAUCAAACACGACUUAAUCCCCCGAAAAUGAGGGGAGGAUGGGAGCCAAAGAGUCGAGGAUUGGCUUCCUUCCGUACGACGAGGCAGUCAAGAGAGUGUCGGCGCGCCGAUCCGAAGAGAGAUCCUGCCGCGUCUGAUUUGGUCAGUGUGCGAGAAAAGACGAGGAGGAAUGUGGCUUCUUCACCACGGCGAGGCCGGUACCGACUCACAAUGCCCCCGCGGACCUGAUAGUUCCUGGCCAAGAAGAAUAUCGCCAUGGCCCGACCUCCCCGCUCCGUUGUGACUUGUUUUCCCUCUUCCGAAAGUUCAAUUUAUCGAGGGGACUGACUCGUUUUGAAGAUGCGGAGGACAUUCAGAUUAAGCAUUGAGGACUCCUUCCGGGACUUGCAUGAAGGCGUGGCAGAGAAGGCUGGGAAAAUGUGUUACAAGCCAGGGGGAUGACUUCCAAGAGGAACGUUCGUAGUUUGGAUUCUGAGUAAAUCUUAUGCGACGCCCGACACUUUUUGAAAUUACAGAUUUGGAAUUGAAACGACUGAAGGAUGCCUUCAAGAGAACGAGCGGCCUCUCCUUUUACAUGACUCCACAGUGCUUCUACAGGGAGGUGUUGGGAAAUGGAGUUCCACCAAAUGUUGCAGAAGUGAUCUACACUUCAUUUGGGGGUGCCUCUAAAGGACUUCACUUCAACAAUGUUGUAGUGGGUCUGGUACUUCUGACACGGGGACGAGACGAGGAGAAGGCCAAGUACCUCUUCAGUCUGUUCACCAGUGAUCCGGGUGGAUAUGCUGCCAAGGAGGACGUAGAAGCCGUGCUGCAGGUUUUGGAUGGAGAAGUUCCAGCCUCCCUUGGGAAAUGCUUUAACAAGGGGGAUAAGGUGAACUAUGAGCACUUCAGGGACUGGCUCUUGGAGAAUAAAGAAGCCUUCACUUUGUCCAGAUGGCUUCUGUCAGGAGUGUGUGCCAUUCUAACGGAUGACAGUGACACACCUACUUUCUACCAGACCCUGUCAGGCGUCACACACUUGGCAGAAUCUGACAUUAUAGACUUGGAGAAGCACUAUUGGCUGCUGAAAGCACAGUCAAGAACUGGCCGCUUUGACUUAGAAACUUUCAUCCCACUGGUCUCGCCUCCAAUCCAUAUCUCCUUAUGUGAAGGUUUGUUUUUUGCCUUUGAUGAAAAUCGGGACAACCACAUUGAUUUUAAAGAAAUAUCUUGUGGACUCUCAGCCUGCUGUAGGGGACCUAUUGCUGAAAGGCAGAAAUUCUGCUUCAAAGUGUUUGAUGUGGACCGGGAUGGAGUUCUGUCACAUGAUGAACUCAGUGAUAUGGUUCUGGUCUUGCUGGAGGUCUGGAAGGACAAUCGCAUUGACAUGGUCCCUGAGCUGUACAAUAAUGUGUCAGACAUCGCCAAGGGCAUUUUAAAAGUGCAUGACACAACCAAACUCGGCUACCUGACCCUGGAGGACUACCAAAUCUGGAGUGUACAGAAUGCUUUGGCUCAUGAAUUUUUAAACCUUCUGUUCCAGGUUUGCCACAUAGUAUUGGGGCUCACGCCUGCUACCUCUGAGGAGGAGGGACAAAUAAUCAGGGGUUGGUUAGAGAGAGAGAACAGACUUGGGCUACAGCCUGGCCAGAGCUGGUUUCUCAUAUCUGUGCAAUGGUGGCAGCAGUGGAAGAACUACACGAAUUACGAUCAGCCAUCCAUCUUAAGCUCUCUUCAAACUCUGAAAUCAACAGCCACCUUAGCAGCUGCCUCUUCUGAUAGAUCAGAUGAGCUGGAAGGAAUUAUUCAUGCACCUGAAAGGUCUCCUGAUGGUCUGGGACGUGCAGAGACUGCAAAAAUUGCCCAUGGGCACAUUUCCCUCCAAGCAGCACAAAGGCCUGGAGCCAUUGACAACCAAGAUCUGGUCGCUAUUGACCCCAUCAAGGUUCCAACAUUAACGAUGGAGGGCGGUCGGCUGAAACGCAGCUUGCGGAAUCAUAGACAUUUUGAGAUUGUGCCAGAGCCGGUUUGGCGAGCACUUUACCACUGGUAUGGUGCCAACCUCAGCCUGCCACGACCAGUAAUCCUGAACAGUAACACAGGCCAAGCUGAAUUGGAGCUUUUCCCUUGUUACCUCCUCUUCCUACGGCAUGAGUCAGCCACGCCCUCCUCACAGUCCAAUAUCUGGAGCAAUAUAGGUAAUGUGCCACCCCCCAGCGUUCCUCUGACGCGAGUGUUGGUCUACACUGCCUGCUUUAGCCGUAAGGCAUCCAUCAAGGACAUUCAUCUCUUCGUGUCUCACAGACUUCGCAUCAAGGAGGAAACCAUUAGACUGUGGCUCUAUAACAGCGAGAACUACCUCACUCUCCUGGAUGAUGAGGAUCAUACACUUGAGAGUUUGCAGAUCCAGGAUGAGCAGCAGCUAGUCAUUGAAAUCAGGAACAAAGACAUGAGCUGGCCUGAAGAGAUGUCUUUGAUUACCAACAGCAGUAAGAUGGAAAGACAUAAAGUACCAACAGAGAAGGGGGCCACAGGCCUUAGUAACCUUGGCAACACCUGUUUCAUGAAUUCUAGUAUCCAAUGUGUGAGUAAUACAAGGCCUCUCACAGACUACUUCAUCACCGGGGGACAUUUCUAUGAGCUUAACAGAUCCAACCCCAUUGGUAUGCAAGGUCACAUGGCAAAAUGUUAUGGCGAUCUCGUGAUGGAGCUGUGGAGUGGGACACAGAAGAAUGUGGCUCCUCUCAAACUCAGGUGGACAAUAGCAAAGUACGCUCCACGCUUUAAUGGCUUCCAGCAGCAGGAUUCCCAAGAGCUGCUGGCAUUCCUGUUGGAUGGUCUCCAUGAAGACUUAAACAGAGUCCACGAGAAGCCCUAUGUGGAGCUUAAAGACAGUGAUGGCCGGCCUGACUGGGAGGUGGCUUCUGAGGCAUGGGAGAAUCACCUGCGUAGGAACCGCUCUAUUGUGGUGGAUCUUUUCCAUGGUCAACUAAAGUCACAAGUAAAAUGCAAGACCUGUGGCCACAUCAGCUCACGUUUUGACCCUUUCAACUUCUUGUCCCUGCCUCUACCCAUGGAUAGAUCCAUGCAUCUGGAGAUAACCGUUAUUAAACUGGAUGGUUCCACUCCUGUGUGCUAUGGCUUACGGUUAAAUAUGGAUGAGAAAUACACCGGACUAAAAAAGCUGCUGAGUGACAUGUGCAAACUGAAGCCUGAACAGAUUCUUCUCGCUGAAGUUCAUGGUGCCAAAAUUAAGAAUUUCUCCCAGGAUCACCAGAAGGUCCGUCUGACUGUAAGCAGCUUUUUGUGUGCUUUUGAGAUCCCAGUGCCAGGUUCUCCAGCAUCAAAACCGCCAGUCAACAGUAUAACAUCUAAUGGUCACCAAGAAAAUGACCCCGUCCUCAUUUGGAAUGAAUGGCCACCCAGUGCAGUCUGCAAUCCAGAAGCAUCACUGGCGAAGGGGUUCCUAAAUGUGCAAAAUCUCCCGGGAAAUGGUAGUGCUGUUACUGGCUACAUCAUUGCCAUGCACAGAAAGAUGAUGCGUACAGAGCUUUACUUCUUGUCAUCUCAGAAGAACCGACCCAGUCUAUUUGGCAUGCCACUGAUUGUUCCCUGCACUGUCCACACCACUAAGAAAAAUCUGUAUGAUGCUGUCUGGAUGCAAGUAUCUCGACUUGUCAGCCCACUGCCGCCUCAGGAUUCAAGCAACCAUGCCCAGGAUUGUGAUGACAGCAUGGGUUACCAGUACCCCUUCACUUUACGGGCUGUGGAUAAGGACGGUACCUCAUGUGCCUUUUGCCCUUGGUAUAGGUUCUGUAGUGGCUGUACAAUUUCGUGUACAGACGAAAGAGCAUCAUUAAGCAAUGCUUACAUUUCUGUGGACUGGGACCCGACUGCCCUGCACCUCCGCUACCAGACCUCCCUGGAGAGAGUUUUCGAGGAACAUUGCAGUGUGGAGAUGUCUCAUCAGACCCAAGCUGAGCCAAUCAGUCUCGAUAGUUGCCUGAAUGCCUUCACAAGCGAGGAAGAGCUCGGGGAAGAUGAGCUCUAUUAUUGCUCGAAAUGUGAAACCCACCGGCUGGCCACGAAGAAACUUGACCUCUGGAGACUUCCACCAAUACUGAUUGUCCACUUCAAGCGGUUCCACUUUGUGAAUGGUUGUUGGAUCAAGUCUCAAAAGAUUGUUAAGUUCCCAAGAGAGAAUUUUGACCCCAGCAACUUCUUGGUUUCCAGGGACCUUGAACUGUGCUUGCCUCAUUCAUACACCUCUCCUGCUUUGAGCAGGGAGCCACCACCGUGCCAGAACAGCAGCACAUCUGCCAACCCCAAAGCUUGCGGUGGAGGUUAUGAGCCCAUAUGUCAACAUCCGCCCCAGAUGAACCGCAGACAUCGCCUUUCCAAUAGCAAUGAGUACCUGGAGGAAUCUGCUGAGGCUGAGUCACAGGACUACACACCACAGGAUGACACGGCUGGAGGAGAUGAAUUUGGCCUUAGGUCAGAACAUCUACUUGAGUCAGUUUCAGCAUACAGUCUCAAGGCUUCUACAAGGCACACUGAUGUGAUCAGAAUUCAUGACUUAACCACAAACUGCAGCACAGAGAGCCGAAAAAGAAAGGGUUUUGAUUCCAUCUACAGCCUCUAUGCAAUAUCAUGCCAUACAGGAAUCAUGGGUGGAGGCCACUAUGUGACAUAUGCCAAAAACCCCAAUGGGAAGUGGUACUAUUACAACGAUAGCAGCUGUAAGGAAGUGCAUUUUGAAGAGAUUGAUACCGACUCAGCCUACAUGCUCUUUUAUGAGCAACAGCGAGUCAAUUACUCACAGUUCCUGCCAAAGAUGGACGGCCAGAAGAUGGCGGACACCAGUGGCAUCGAUGAAGACUUUGAGUCAGACUACAAGAAAUACUGUGUCAUCCAGUGAUCUGGUCUCACUUUUCAUCAACCAUGACCACAUCUGCUUCCUGUUUUCUCCUGCUCCUCUGAGAAAGUUCCAGAUCAUCUAAUUAUUCGGAACAAUAAUAAACUAUCAUUACUAUCGACAAUACCCCUUAAAAAGUAAGGGGUAUUCUACUUUUGACUGAAAUAUGCACAUAAAAUGCAUUAUAACCGUUAUUAUAAUGAUGAACCGUUAUUAGACCAUCUGUAAACCUUUGAAUGCAAAUCCACACAAAAGCCCAAUAUCCCUAAGGUUUUGUGAGAAGUGUAUAGGCUAUCCAAUUUUUAUUGGCCAGUCACAAGGAAUACCAUAUGACUUUGCUAGUACCAUUGAUACCAACAGUCUAUCUCUGAUGUAUUAAUUAUUUGCUCCUUUGUCUUUCGCAGGAUUACUGAUAAGACACUGCCUGACCCCCAAAAAACAAAAAAAUUCCCCUGGAUUUGCAUUAACAAUCCCCUCCAAAAGUAUUAGAACGGCAAGGUCAAGUCCUUUGUUUUUGUUGUAUACUGAAGAUAUUUGGGUUUCAGAUCAAAAGAUGAAUAUGAGACAAAAGUUCAGAAUUCCAGCUUUUAUUUCACGUUAUUUACACCGAGAGCGACAGAGCACCCUUUGUUUGAAGCCACCCAACGUUUCAAGUGAGCAAAGUAUUGGAACAGACAUUAAAUUAAAGUGAAUAACAUUUAAUAUUUGGUGGCAUAAUCCUUACUUUCAAUAACUGCAUCAAGGCUGCGACCCAUUGACAUUCUUCAUUUGAAAUGCUUUUCCAGGCUUUUACUAACGUCUUUCAGUUCUUGUUUCUGGGGGUUUCUCUGUUCAGUCUCCUCUUCAGGAGAGGAGGUCAAAUGCAUGCUCUAUUGGGUUAAGGUCCGGUGAUUGACUUGGCCAGUCUAAGACCUUCCACUUUUUGUCCCUGAUCAAGUUCUUUGUUGUGUUGGCAGUGUUUUGGGUCAUUGUGUUGUUGCAUAAUGAAGCGUCUCCCGAUUAGUUUGGAUGCAUUUUUCUGUAAAUUGCCAAACAAAAUGGUUUUGUAGACUUCAGAAUUCAUUCUGCUGCUGCAAUCAUGAGUUACAUCAUCAAUAAAGACAAGCUCAAGCCAUGACAUGACCUCCACCAUGCUUCACAGAUGAGCUUGUGUGUUUUGGAUCAGAAGCAGAUCCUUUCUUUCUCCAUACUUUGGCCUGUCCAUCACUUUGGUCGAGGUUAAUCUUGGUCACAUCUGUCCAGAAAACAUUGUUCCAAAACGUUUGUGGCUCAUCCCUGUACUACUUUGCAAAAUCUGAUGCCUUCUGAUGCUUUUUGCUGAUGAGUGGUUUGAAUCUUGCGGUAUGGCCUGUAUAUUUCUUCUCUCGAAGUCGUCUUUGGACAAUGGAUUGUGAUACCUUUACCCACUGCCCUGUGGAGGUUGGCAGUGAUGUCACUGGGUGGUUCUUCACAGCUCUCACGUUUCUGUCAUCAAGAGCUGUUGAUACCCUUGGCCGACCUGUUCAAUGUCUGUUGCGCAGUAUACCAGCAGUUUCUUUCUUUUUCAGGACAUUCCAAAUUGUUGUAUUGGCCAUGCCCAAUGUUUGUGCAAUAGCUCUGAUCUAUUUUGCCUCUUCUCUCAGCUUCUAAAUGGUUUGCUUUUCUCCCAAAGACACGUCUUUGGGCUUCAUGUUUGCUUAAGAGCCAAUGCAGUUUUCACAGGUGAAACCCAAAGCCAAACGCAAGCACUAUCUAAUGUUUACGCAGUCAAUCUAAAAGGCAACACAUGAGCAACUUGAAACACCCAUCAGUCACAUGUUCCAAUACUUUUGCUCACUUGAAAAGUGGGGGGCUUCAAACAAAAGGUGCUCUGUCCCGAGUUGUUGAACACAUUUAGAAGUAAAUACCAUGAAAUAAAAGAUGGAAUUCUGAACUUUUGUCUCCUAUUCAUCUUUUGAUCUGAAAUCCAAAUGUCUUCAGUAUACAACAAAAACAAUUGAAUUGACCUUGAGCGGACUGUAUGUUCAGAAGUGUGGACAAUAGCAGUUUUUAUGAUUUUGUACUGAUACACAACCACAAUCUAUUUGAAAUAAAAACAAGAUGUGAUAAAAGUGUACACUGUCAGCUUUAAAUUCAGGAGUUUCACAGCAAUGGGACCAUUUUACGCAGAGUACCUGGGUACUGUUGGAGUGUUGGCGUUAUAUCCUAUGCAGGGCCCGAGGCCCCAGAUUAGAAAUUAAUAAACUACCACCACACUCACCAAUUUUUGCGUGUUUGUUUUCUCUCAGGAAAGGUAAAACCAAUCAACAAACUCACACUGAUAGAAUUUUGAGCCGUUUAUGAUUCUCAAGAGCUCAGCAAAAUAUGUCGACAGAAUUCUGGGCAUUUUCUCUCUUCCCAAGAACUGAGCCUCGUGUCGGCGUCGCAGGCGGAGAGAAAAUGGCGCAUCUUUCCCUGGUCGCCCCACAAUUUGUAUAUUACAACACAAGUAAUGGGACGGGCGCCAGCUUCUGACAGCCGGGAAGCGUCAGUUGACUCCAAGCCAUCGUGCUCUGGCGUUCUCUCCUUGUUUUUCGUUCGUGUUGAUCGCAGCCGUUUGAGAGAGUAAUGACUGGAGAAGGUGGGUUUCAAAAUCUACACUCAAGAGAAGACAACUUUGUGAAUGUAAAAAUGUGCAAAACAUUGAGAACACAUUGCAGCCAAUGACAGAUGUAUUCCUUGCAGCAUAAGUCAAAAACAUAAAUCCACCACCUCCUUGCUGAUGUCGCAGCCUUGUUAGGACGUGGUGGCCAUCCACCAACUAUCCACUACUCCAUCUGUCAGAAAGAUCCAGGGUUACGCAGCACUCACCAGUGAACAAUCUCAUGCUGCAAGGAAUCCGUGUGAUUCAAUGGCAAAUAAUGGGCAUAAAAGGACAGAAACUCAUGGCAUGGCCCCCAAUCCCCAAUCCUCCCCUGACCUCAACCCUGUUGGGAACCUUUGGAGCAUCCUCAAGCAAAAGAUCUAUGAGGGUUGGAGGAAGUUCACAUCCAAAGAGCAGCUCUGGGAGGCAAUUCUGACAUCCUUUGAAGAAAAUCAAGCAGAAAAUCAAAAUACAUGCUCAAUUGAUGUCAUAAUUGCUGUCAAAUUCUUAUGUUAAACUGUUUGUUUCUGUUUGUACUCGCUUUUGAUUUCAGUAAAUCUCACC